CGCGUUUACGCUGCUGCCACACGGAGUCCGAGUGCGAGCCCAGCCGCCGCCAUGGCCACGCAGGUGCAGAGUCUGCCGUCGCCUCACGGAGCCCAGGCCCCGGAGCAACCGCGUUCGGAGCCGGCCCAGAACUCGGUACACGCCCAGGCCCCGGCAUUGCGCCAGGCCGCCGGGCCCGAGCAGGCAUCCUCCCAGGCCGGGGCUGGCACCGGCACCAGCACCAGGCCUGAGGCCAAGCGCCUCAUGGCAGCCCCGCCGCCCAAGGUGAACCCGUGGAGUAAAGCGGCCUGUGCCGGCGAGACCGGCACUCCCAGCCCGGCUCCGCCUGCAGAGCCCGGAGUGGCGUGCGGACCUGGACCAGGGCCCGGCUCCGAGCCCCCGGGACAGGCUGGAGACAGCGCUGAGGAGCAGAGGGCUGGUGGUAGCGGCCGCAGGAAGGAGUUCAUCGAGGCGCCGCCGCCCAGAGUCAAUCCCUGGACCAGGAGAGUGAGCGGGAGCGGCGUGGAGACCGAGCCAGAAAUGCCAGCACCAGCUAAAGUCGUCAAAGCAGGGAACCCAAGACCAAAGAAAGGAGCCAAGGUCAGCGAUUUUGGUGACACCACAAACUGGCCCACGCCUGGUGAAAUUGUCAAUAACAAGACAUGGGAGCCAGUUAUUUCCUCUGAGCAUCCACAGAACAGCAAGCCACAACAGAAUAAAAAACCACCUGCUAGAAAGGAACGGCCAGAGAAAUGCGACAGCAGUGAGAGCAAAGAGAACCAGAAAGCCAAAUCUGACGAAUCACCAGAGGAACGGAGCGCCGAUGAGGAUUCGCAAAAAUCUACACAGAAGAGGAAAGGGUACAAGCAAAAGUGGGUUCCACUACAGUUGGACGUAAAAUCAGAGGGUACACAAGACAAGUCAGCAUCCCGCAGCAACUCACGCCCUCAGACGGAGCCCCUGCGGCCACCUGUCAACAACAGGAACGACUCAAAAGGCUACCAUCGUGAUGAGAAGCAUGACUCACGAGAUUGGAGGGAAGACCGCGAUGAGAUUUCCAGUGUGAAAAGCGAGGGUGGAACAAUCCGCGGGGGCUUCAGGGGACGAGGUCGUGGACGCGGCCGGGGGAGGGGUCGUGGCAGAGGUGCUUCUCGCUCUCACUUUGACUACCAUUACACCUACACUGCAAACACCGACAGUAAUGAUGGAUUGUACAGGCCAAAAUUUGGCAGUGAUAUCAUCUAUUACUAUGACAAUCAGAGCAGUGCGGAGCUGUACACAAUGGAUAAAAAGUUGCUUAAAGACUACAUCAAGAAACAGAUUGAAUACUACUUUAGCCUGGAUAACUUGGAAAGAGACUUUUUCUUGAGAAGAAAGAUGGAUGCUGAUGGUUUCUUGCCAGUCUCAUUAAUUGGAGGUUUUCACCGAGUCCAAGCAUUGACCACUGAUGUCAAUCUCAUCUUGGAGGCUUUGAAAGACAGCACUGAGGUGGAAGUGGUUGACAAGAAGAUCCGAAAAAAAGAAAACCCUGAGAAAUGGCCGCUCCCAGAGACAGACUUCACACGUUUACUUAAUUGCCCAGAAUUCAUUCCUGGGCAGACUUACAAAAAGCAGACUGAGUCGGCUCCAGGUUCACCCCGGGCAGGCAGUGCUGCAAGCUCCAAGACUGAGGAACCCAGUAAUUUGAAGACUUUGCCGAAAGGACUUUCCACCAGCCUUCCUGAUCUGGAUUCUGACACGUGGAUUGAAGUGAAAAAAAGACAUCGGCCAGCUCCUGCAAAACCAAAGAAAUCUGAAGAACCCAAAACCCAAACAUCUUUGAAGCCAGACCAAGAGGAACAAGAGGAGCUGGACUUCAUGUUUGAUGAGGAGAUGGAGCAGAUGGUUGGGCGCAAGAACACGUUCACUGAUUGGUCGGAUGAGGAUUCUGAUUGUGAAAUUGACGAUCGUGAUGUGAACAAGAUUCUAAUUGUGGCACAGACGCCUCCAUAUUUGAGGAAACAUCCCGGUGGGGACAGGACAGGGAAUCACAUCUCCAGGGCAAAACUGACAUCUGAGUUUGGUAAGGUCAUUAAUGACGGCCUUUACUACUACGAGCAGGACCUAUGGAAAGAGGAUUAUGAACCAGAAUAUGCAACCAUAAAGCAAGAAGUGGAAAAUUUCAAGAAGCUAAAUAUGAUCAGCAGAGAGGAGUUUGACACUCUGACCCCUGAACCUCCUGUUGAUCCAAACCAAGAAGUCCCACCUGGACCACCGAGACCACAGCAAGUACCUACAGAUGCAUUGGCCAAUAAACUUUUUGGUGCAGCUGAACCACCAGUGUCUUGCAUGGCACGAUCUUUGCCAACAACUGUUCCGGAAUCACCAAACUACCGGGGCGCACGAACCCCUCGCACCCCCCGCACACCCAGGUUAAAGGAUCCAAGUCAAAUGUCCAGAUUUUACCCUGUUGUGAAAGAAGGGAGGCCUCUGGAUGCGAAGGCUCCUCGGAAGCGGAAAACGAGACACAGUUCAAACCCUCCACUUGAGAGCCACGUGGGCUGGGUGAUGGAUUCAAGAGAGCACCGACCAAGAACGUCCUCCUUCAGCUCCAAUGCCAGCCCAUCAGAGGGAAUCCCAGUCGCUGGAACCUACGGUUGUACUCCCCAGUCUCUUCCCAAGUUCCAACAUCCCUCGCAUGAAUUACUGAAGGAAAAUGGAUUUACACAGCAUGUUUAUCACAAGUUCCACAGGAGAUGCCUGAAUGAGCGCAAGAGGUUGGGAAUAGGACAGUCUCAGGAAAUGAACACACUGUUCCGAUUCUGGUCAUUCUUCCUAAGAGAUCACUUCAACAAGAAGAUGUAUGAAGAGUUCAGACAGUUGGCUGUCGAAGAUGGGAAAGAAGGAUAUAGAUACGGACUGGAGUGCCUUUUCAGAUAUUAUAGCUAUGGCCUUGAAAGAAAGUUUAGACCGGAGAUCUUCAAGGAUUUCCAGGAAGAAACCAUUGUGGAUUAUGAAGCGGGGCAGCUGUAUGGAUUAGAGAAAUUCUGGGCCUAUCUAAAGUAUUCAAAAGCUAAGAAUCUGGACAUUGAUCCAAAACUUCAAGAAUACCUCAGCAAAUUUAAACGUCUGGAAGAUUUUCGGGUGGAUCCACCAAUUUGUGAUGAAAUUGGCCGCAAGCGUCAUUCUUCAGGAGCAGAAGAGAAAAGGCGUUUGCCAUCAUCGUCUUCCAGUAAAACCGCAAGCGCCACCAGUGAAGCUGCGACUGGGAUGCAGCUCCUCUCCAAAACCACAACAGAAGAAACCAACCCCACUCUGAGCCAGAACCCUGCUUCAGCCGAGUUCUUGGAAGUGGAAACUGCAGACAAAUAGAGCUUGGACUCUGACCCUCAACUCUGGAUCUUUUAUUUGAACUUUUGGUAUUGUCACCUCGAUGACUGACUGACUGACUGAAAAACUGGGCCAGAUAUCAGAUAUCAGACAUUCUUCAAUGCUGGGCAGUGGACAAAUGCAUCACCUGCCUGAAGACUUGUAUUCAAAGCCAGUUUCACGUCUUUCACCCAUAUGAAUGAAUGUUGCAUGAGAACAAUUGGCUAAAAUAUAAUUCACCUGCUUGAUUUGGGGUUCGACAAUACAGCUUCACUCAUAUCCAGAAAACACAAAAAAAACAAAAAAAUCAAAACCCGUCCCUUGAGAACGGGAUUAAAAAGAUGCCUUAUUACUGCCUGCUCCUGUUUCUGGGCAGCAUAUAUUAAAUUCUGCUCGCUCGGCUAAUGACUCUCCUAUUGGCCUCUAAUCUUGAUAAAAUUAUCAGUUCCUUAUCCUGGAUUUUGAAUUGUCAAGGUUUUGUUUGUACCCAAUUUAAAAGUUACCGCAGGCGGAAUCAAAUAGGGAAGGUGACUUAAGGUGCAAAUCCUAUUGAGUGGCAGAUAACCUUUCUGUCAGGCCUUAUUCCGCUCGUUUGUGGUAAAGGACUUCAGUUUGAUAACCAGAUAUAAAGAUGUUAGCAAGUAGUCAUGGCAACGGCUCAUUGGCCCCAUGUCAAACUCUCUGCCAAAGUCACUGCUGCAGUGCCUUUGGCCACAAGCAUUUUAUUGCUCCUGUCCGAUUGUCUUUUCGCUUCUCCCAAACCCAAACCGGCAUCACUUUGAAAAUUGCUACAGCCCAGCUUCAUCUUAGUUGAUGAGCUGCCUGCUUGGAGUAACAGCAGUAACAUUGGUGAAAUUUAUAUCAGGCAACAUCAUUCUCAGAAUGUGUGUUAUGUAGGGAUGUUGCAAUGUGAUUUUAUUUUCGAUGUUUUGGUACAGUGGUAAUCUUAACUCCCAUCAUUUUAGCAGUUGUUCUGGAAAUGUGACCAUCACUAGGAGUACAAGGCUUUGCAUUUUCAUUUUGUUAAUCAUUGUCACAUUUAUUGUGGUCUGGUUAGCAGUGUACAGAAAAACUGAGCCCUGUGAUUAUGGCAGACUAGCUACAUCAGAGCACAUUGGGACACGCUACUGUGAUAUUUGUAAUAUCAUUAUUAUGUUGUGAUUGGUAUGCAUGUUUCUCAUGGAUGAAUUGCAUUCUUGGGCUCUAGAGGAGCUGGUACUGGGUGAAGCCUGAUAGCUUUGCUUUUCUAACUACAGCUGAGUUCCGAGCUCGGAUUCUCGGCUGGCUUUUCCUCGAGGAGAGCUGUUGACGAGUUUGAUGAGCCAUCUAUUUGGAUGGUGCUCUCGGUGAAAGUAAAUUCACUUUUUCUGCUCUCUGACUCCUGCAUUUUGAGUGCUUUUAUUGUUCGUUCUCAUUUAGUCUCCACCUUUUCACGCAUGCUUGUUCUUUCUUUUCUGUCUCUUCCUCUAUCCCUCUCGCUCUGUCAGCAGGCUUUGUCUUCCCUGCCAUGCCAGUUAGUGGCGUUAAUGUUUGGUAGGAUGUCCUGGGCUGCUUUGGAGGCUGGAGGGGUUUUGUGAUUUGCCAGUGCUUGAGGAAAGGCACCCAUAUUGUCAUGUAACUGGUUUGGGUUGAAUUUUUUGGCUGGUCUCGUCUGCCACUGUAAAAUCAGGUAGAUGUCAUUGUGGAUUGAGUGUUGACUGAUGUUUCUGCCUUCCUUGCUUCUGUGCUGAACUCCCUGAACGCGAAGCUCCCUGAUCCUUGUUGAUGGAUGUUUAAUCUUCAGGCUAACAUUUGCCAUUGAUGCUAAUUCUUCAUGAAGAUGAGUCAGUUAAGACAGCAGCCACCUGUAGGAAAUAAAAUCCUGACUAAAGCAGGUCAGUUUAAGAAGUUUUGAGUAAUGUACGAGAACUUGGGGAGUGACUUUGCUUCUCAGUGUGAUUUUGAAAACAUGUAUUGUUUACACCAUAUUCUUUGGAGGAGUCCCAGUGACUCCCAGGAGUUCCUGUAAUACAGGGCUAUGAUCACUUGUAAAUCAGUUGGGUUUGACCAAUUUUACCAGAAUUUUCAUGCAAAUCAGACUGACGUACUUAUAACUAAAAAAAACUGCAUUGUUGGCAGUAAUUCAGGGUUGAGGCAUCCUGAAUCCUCAGCCAGCUCAGUUAGGAGAAUGUGAAGCUGCUUUUAUUUAAAUGAGAAAUAGUUUUUAAAAAAAAUGCCUCCACUAGACAGGAACCUAGAUCUUGAACAUGUUUUUAUUUCAGGUAACUUAGAAUAUUUGCUAAACUUCUCUUUGCUCAUUUUACACUCUCACUUGCAUUUAGAACUCCAGUGUAUGAUUCAUGGGACGAUUUGUAUAUAAUGUGAGACCAUGAAAAAAUUAUAGCUGAAUGUUUUUUUUUCCUGGAGUGAGAAAACUAGCCAUAUUUGCCAAAGAAAUUCUGGGUUUCACAAAUGCUGGGAAUAAGUUAGUUGCACAUAUUAUUAAAAAAAACAAAGGUGCUGUGGAUUUAUUCUGCAUUUCUCUGGGUGAAAGGUACAUCUUCCACCAACAGCUGGUUAAAAGUCAUUUUGACAUUUUUUUCUUUCCACUUCCCUUUUUUGAAAUGUUUGAACCACUUGCCCCUUUGCCCCCACUGCCCUGUGUUGUAUACUUGGACCUUCAAUUGACCCCAUGUCCCAACGUUGUUUACCUGAACACCUGUCCAUUCUCUCUUUCUCUUUCCCUUUCCCUCGCUUUCUAUGCCCCCUCUCCACUGCAUUGUUUGCUUGACCACCUGCCCAUUCUCCCUGUCCCAGCAUUGUUCACCUGAACACCUGUCCAUUGUCUCCAGGUCCCAGUCUUGUUUAUCUGAACACCUACCCAUUCUGCUCUCUACUUUGACUGCCACUGUUAAACAUUGCAGCCAGUUGACAGGUGAAGUACCACAGCUUAAACGGUCAGCAUACAUGUAUAAUUAGUAGUCCAGCUUCUCUUUCGACCUGCUGUGAAGACACAGUCUACAACUCUCUUGCUACAGGCAUGGAAUUUAAACCAUCUGUCCGUGCUAAUUAAACUGAUCUCCCUCAUAAGCAAUGAUGCUCAGUGAAAAGCUUGACUGCUUUGGACUGCUGCAAUCUUUCUUCCAGUUGCUUGUUGCUGUCUGAAGGUUAGAUCUUUAAUUUGUAUUCUAAAUGAUGAAUUUAACUUCAUUGUUGUGAAAUAUCCCAUUUUAACACUUGUAGCUGUGUGCUCUUGGGAAUGAGUUUAACGCUUGAUAUAACUACACACUUCCAAGAGCCGACUUAACAUGCAGCAAAAUCACGUGUUCCCAGAACCUGGUUUAACAUUCAUUGUUUUCUGGAGCCACAAUAUCCACUUGUUCCAUUUUGUUGCAAGUUUGCCAUUUAGAUGUUUAAGGUUCUGUCUAUUGGCUGGAUGGUCCAUUGAACAUUGUCAGUAUUUGGGUGACCCCAGAUGUUUCCAUGAUUUCUAAAUAAUUUCUACUCUAAGCGUGCAAGCCAUACACAAGAUUUCAGUUUUGCACUAGAAUUCAGAGUUUAGAAGGCCCUGAACUGAAGACUGGAAUUGACUGAGCUGAAAUAUUUUAUAUAUGUUAACUGUCCAGGUAGACACUGACAGCCCACUCUCAGUAUUAGUCAUGUCAAACAGCUUGACUGAGAAUACAAAAAAUCUUUUUUUCAAGUUAGAGUUAUAAAGAGUCUAGAGAAUGUGCAGUGAAGUGUCCAGGGUAUGUGCAAACCCCUCGGCAGGGGAGGAUGUGAACCUCCAGUUGAUCAGGAGUACCUGGUCUGUUAAAUCUCUGGAAAAGUUCCACAUUUCAAAUUGCUUCUAGCUUUCUUGCAACUUAGCAAGAUUUGUGAAGUAUUUGGUAAACCGUGAUGACUCUAUCUCUUCAAAUGUUCUGUUUAGUUCAUUUACUCAAGAAUCCAGUCCUCUUCUCUCCAGAAUAAUGGGAAUUGUGUGAAAUUACUGAGGCAUAUGCCAACUACAGUGACACAGAAGGUCUUGUUCCUGAUUGCAGCCUGGACUUGCUCCAAAUUGCUCCACUGUUGAACCGGCAGUAGUAGAUAUCAGUUCAGAGGUUGUUUAUGAAUCCUUCAGAGUAAAGCCUCUAAUUUGCUGUGAGAUUGCAAACCCAGAGUGAGAACGGAGGAAGGAAAGGUCAUGAGUUAGACUAGAAUAUUUCACUGCACUGAACAGCAUUGAUAUACUUGGGAGGGGUGGUUGCCUUAAUCUGGUGGGGAUUUGGACAAGGUACCCUGUUGAACUGCACCACGAGUUUGUCAAUGUUACUGUUUAUGUGAAGAUUGGGAAUUGAUUAUGGUAAACCUCAUGACUCUUAACUCUAUGUGUAAAUAGUGCACAAGCUGCUAAAGUGCUUUGAGUGCACCUUUUAAAAACAGCUUUGUGAAUUCUGGGCUGCUGGAGGUCAGUUUUGUUUUGUGACAGCAACUGAAUGAGGGGUAAAUAGGUGCAUUUCUUUAGAACAUUUAAUUCUAUUUCCAAUAUUAUCAAUGAGCUGUAAAUGUGCAGCAGUUUCUUGUUCUGUGUGGUCGGGCUUGCACUAGUUUCCUUUCUUUAAUAGACAUUUCUUCCCACAAAUAUUCAUUCGGAAAGUUCAAACCAGUGUGUAAGCCCAUUCUGAUUAGCAAGUUUCAUGUUAGUUUAGUUCAGUUUAGUUCACUUCAGCUUCCAACCAUUUCACACAUAUCAAGACUGCUUCAGGUCAUUCUGUUUUAUUUUAGAUUCCAUCCAAAGCCUAUAGUAAAUGGGCUUUUAGUUUAUUUAAUUUGAUUGCUACUGCACAUAAGGAGUAAGAGCUUGCCCUUUUAAGGGCAGACUUGUACAGGAACCACGGACAGGGCUAGAGGCUCCGUGUAUUGCACUCUUGCCCCCAAGAGCUGGGGUAGCCAGGUCUUCACGGGCUGGGGUAGCCAGGUCAUUACAGUAAGCAUACAUGCUGGAACACUAGUGCAAUUAUGUUUUAAAUGUGAAUGCCACUGCAUAUAGCGGAAAGUGAGUGUGUCCUUUUAAGGGCAAAUUCAUAAUUGAACCCCACGUAAAUUCGCAUAUUGCAAUCCUGCCCCACAAACUGUCGCAGCCGUGCCCUUGCAGGCCAAGGCUGGCUGUGUCAUCCCAGGAGUGGGCAACCAUGUCCUCAGGCUGCAGUAUGACAUCUGAUGGUAAACAUAAAUGCUGGAACACUAGUACAUUUCUAUUCACCAGCUUCCCCUACCCAGCCCAAAAUAAUUCAGUAUCCAGACCCAAAUAUUCUCAUCUCUGAAUUUGAAGUGCCGCUCCUGGCAGAACAUCUGUGUUUGUCUUUUAUUUCUCCACUGAAAGCUGAUGGUUCUGUUUCAGCUGCUUCAUUACUAAUGCUCUUAGCUUCCGACCACCGGGAAUAUUGGUCAGGUGGUUCAGCUUUGAGCAUAACCUAUUGUUAAAUAGAUUGACAGAUUGAUGGUUUGUAAAAGGGAUCUGGUGCUUUCAUGAGCCAGAAAUCACCUCUUGCAGCAAUGUGUGGCUCAGUAUUUAUUACAGUUCCUUAGCAGUUUAAAUGUAGACAUGCAGAGCUAGGCUGAGUGAAACAUUAACCUGAAGUGGAUGCCCAGAGUGCCUGCUUAGGAUGCUGGUGAGUCUCCUUAUCCUGGCUGCUGUAAUAAUAGAAACUACAACAGAUGCAGAUUUAUCCCACUUUUAAAAAACAAACUUGUAAAAUACUUGAACAAGAGCUUGUAACAUAAACUAUUAAUCACUUAGAGUAUUUGCUUUUUAGUCUGAUGUGGUUCCUUCCGGGUAGUGUUUCGCCCUUUGUAAUUUGUGGUAAUUCUGCUUUCCUUUUAUAUAAAAAAUCAAUUAAAAUGUACAAAAAAUUAAAAAAAACACUAAAAAGACUAUUGUUUGGGUCUGGUUAUUUCAAUGUAAAGAGAGCUGGAGUUUGACUUUCAAUGCAUUUUGUCCCCUAAUCUGUGUAUUCCCACUGCAUGGGUAGAAAACCUGCUGACUGUGUCUAGGAUUCCAUGUUUAGCAGGGCUGUAGUUGGUAACUAAUGCCAGUCAGACUGUCCAAGCAUAAUCUAAGAAUGUCCAGGAGUUUGUCUUUGAGCUUCUAUCUUGUUUGAUCUCAGUUGAGGUUAUGAUGCUCUUUCUGUGCUGAAACAACUUUUUUGUGCAGUUAGAUUCCCUUGCAUCACCUAGAUUGCAUGCUUUCAGAUCAGUAAUGCUGCUCUGCUCCCACAUGAUCUUCAGUCACAAGUGCUGAGUGCAUGAUUUAUCUCUACCCCUUUGUAAUGGUCCCUGCAUUACAAAGGCAAACUUCAAGCCAAUUAUUUCACUUCAAGUCCUAUUAAGAAAUGGCAAAAGGCACUAGAUAUUGCAAACGAUAUUUGCCCUGACCGCACUCUGGCUCACGUGCUUUGUCCAAUUAUGUGGGAGAACUCUGCAUCAGUUUGAACUGAUUUAUAGCUUUUAACUUUUUCUUAAGAGCUAACUUAGAUCAGGACUGCUGCCCUGAUAACCUCUAUCUGAUGACUUGAAGCUAGUUAGUUUCACAAACGCUUAAAAGUUUUGUGUUUGUAAGAUAUAUGCAACCAUUAGAGGAUGCAGUAUCAGCCAUGCUCGUAUUGACUGGUGGAGCAGGCUUGAAGGGCCAGAUGGCCUAUCCUCCUAUUUUCUAUCCCACAGGAGAAGCUGCUGCCUGAGAAUGUUACUGUCCUCCAAGUAGCCAGUUUAAUUUUAAUAAGCCUUAGCUAUGCUACACAUGUUCCAUUACUCGCCAGAAAAUACAUGGCCCACUUAAGGAAGUGUAAAGGGUAUUAAGAUUUGUUACAGUUGUAACAGAAAACUUGAAUGAGACAAUUUACUAACUUCACAAUUUUAAUAACAAAAAUUAACAGGCAAUAGGCUUUAAGUAGGUAGGUUUACUGCUUUGCCAAAAUAAUCAAGAGUUCAUAUCAAAUCCAAUAGAAUCCAAUUUGUUGUUAUUUAUAACUACUCUAUCUAAGAAAACUAAGAAUAGCUAACAGAACAUCUGUCAACAUUUAAAGUAGUAUUAUCUUGAAACCUCAACCAAAUAAGAGAUCUUUUCUGGUGGGAGAAUAUUUUUUGAGAAGUAUUCUCUGAGGGCUUCUAAUACUUAUAAAUUUUCAGUGCAAGAGUCUUGCAGUUUUUUUAGUAUUGCUUUGACAACUGCUUUGCAAAUGAGGGUGUCAGCCCUCUGUAUCGGUUUCUUGCACUUUUCAUGCAAUGCUGUUUCAAUUAGCAUUAUUCCUUAAUUAUUCUGAAGACUACUUUAUGAAGUUGAUUUUUUAUUUAGUCAGUUUCUUUGUGAUGUUUCAUACUUCUUUCAUCUCUCCCUUACUCUUUCCAUUUUAGAAGAAUCUUUGUUAAAGGUUUACCAGUAGAGAGAUUUUAUGGGUAUUCCUUUCAUUUCUUCCUUAUCCUUAAAAUCUUAAAAGAAUCCUUUGUUAAAUAUUUAUCAGUAAAGCUGUUUCAAUUAUCUGUCUUAAUGAAUGUUGUGCUUUGCUGGUUUCUAAUGGUAUUCAUGUGGUAAGAAUCUUUGCCAUUCUUAUCAGUUGGAUGGUUCCAGUAUUUAUUCUGUAAUUAAUAUUUUACUUUUGCUCUGUAAUUGAUAUUUUAAUUUCACCCUAGGUGUGAUGUUGCUACAUGUCUUUCCAGACCUCCUUAUGGUGAUUAAACUAUUGUUUAUACUUCUUG